AUGGCAAAUGGAGAUAGUUCGCCCUUUGCGACAUCCCACGAUACUCUGGGAAUGUCGUUCCUCCACACCCCAAGAUUCAUGCAAUCCUCUCCCCCAAAGUUGAGUCCCUAUAAUCGACCGGGAAUUCAACACGGCAGUGCAACCCGGCGAAUGAAAACAGGGACAAGGCGCUCUUCGAAAUCCCCCCGAUCUAGCGAUGGUGACGACUCGGAAGCGAACCUUUCAGACUAUACCUUUGACUUGAACAAUCUCCCAGACGCCAGGGCGAGCACCGAAAAGAAAGAUGAUGGCAUAGCAAACAAAGCUGCAUCCAAGGAUAACGACAGCCUAUCAGAACACGGUGGUCCGGACGACUUCACGCUGAAUAUGGUGCAAAUGUUGAAAGGAGGAAAUAUGGAGGACGACAAAGAUAAUCCUCUUGAGAAUAGCAAGGCGGAUGUCGACAUUGAUGGACCGCCAACCCGGCAGGCUCAUGAUGAGACUAGUGAAAUUGAGCCCCCGCUAGAGAUGUCUACACCCGCACAUGUUCUUUCGCGCAGGAACGAUUUUACGCAUCAUGAAACCCAGCAAAAGCAACAGAAUAAUGAAUUUGCACUUGAGCUAGAACGGCUUCGGAAAGAGCUGAGAAAGAAAGAUGAGAUUAUAAGCGCCAACCAGCGAAGAGUUUUGGAUGCUGCGUCGAUCGUGCAGCAAGUCCGUCACCUGCAGGCAGAACUUGAGAAGGAAAAUAAAAAGCGGUUGGCCGAGUCGGCUUCGACAGACAAACAAAUCCGAGAACUAGAAACUCAGAUUCGUGUGAAAGAUGAAGAAUUGAAAUUUAAGAAUCAGAACGGAGAUGAAGAAGCUUGCUCUCUCCUCCGGGAGCAAUUACAAGCCAAGGAAAAGUUGUUACAGCAAACCAAGGCAAAAUUGGAUGAAACAAUAGCCUCCAGUCAACGAGAACUUUCAGAUAUGGCUGCGGAGAAUGACCAGUUGCGAUCAGAGCAUCAUGAGAAUGUGUGCGAGUUGGAUAAGCUGGACUCUGAUAUUGAAUCCCUGACGACUGAGCGCGACAUGCUCCAGACUAGAAACCAGCAUCUCGAUAAACGUGUCAAGCACCUCGAAUCAGAACUUACAAAGCUCCAACAAAGCCUUUCUAUGGAGAAGUCGGAAACCGCUUCCAAUUUUGAUGCACUUAAAAACGUGGCUAAUAACCUAUCACUCGCUAUCGACGGAAAAUCGUUUAAACAGGUGCUGGAUAUUGUUAUGCGCACUUAUCAGAGCCGGCGGGAUGAAGAUGCUUCCAGAGCCCAAAUUACGACAAGUGAAACAGAGAACAAAGAAAAUGGAGCAACAAACACUCAAGCCCAACUCCAAGAGGCAAAGAUGCUGAAUCAGUUCUUGUCAUUGCAGCUAGAAGAAGCUCGAGAAGAUCUUUUAAAAACAGAUAACGCGCUUGACACGAUCCAGGAAAAGUAUUCAUCUGCAUUAGACGCCGGUAAUGCCCAAAUGCUUAAAUUAUGUCGAGCCUUGGAAAAGGCGAGUCUACAACACGCAGAAGCAGUCGAAACAGUCAAGCACAUAUCUGAAAACGUGAUCCAGACGCCCCUGAACCCCGAGACAUCGCCCCCGCCAUCUCUAGCUGAGGUCGAGAACCGAUUCGAGAUGAAAGAUUCUCCAAAAUCACACCGGGAAGAGAUUGACCAAAUGGAGGACUCUCAUGCGCUCAAAAUCUCCAAACUCCGAGAUAGCCACGCGCAAUCCACGCGUACACUGCAUGCCCUCCUAGGGGCCGCGCAGGACCGCGAGCGGGAGCUGCAAUCCGAACUCGUUGAAGUCCGGAAGUUGCUGUCUUCCAACACAAAAGAGAUAUCGGCGCUAGAAACUGAACGAGAAAGGCUCGAAUCGGUUAUUGAAGCGAAAGACGCGGCUGCCGCCGCUCUAGAUUCGAAAUUUGCCGCUGUCCUUAAAAAGAGAGAGGAAGUUUGGGGGUCACGGAUAGAGAAAUUAUUACACGAUAGAGAACGGAUGGGAAAAGCAUUGAUGUGGACGUGGGGAGAAAUGGAGGUUGGGAAAGCGAACCAACGCGAGGACACGCGUGGCACCACGACAGCGGCACGCCAUACCCAGGGAUAUAGAUAUAAACAUGUUGCCAGGAUGAAGGGUACUGGGUAG